AUGUCUAGUCCAGCCAAGAAGCGGAAAAGAAAUGGGGAUUCAUCGCCACCGAAGCGCACUAUUAAGUCGUUCUUUAAAGGACAGACCUCCGAGCAAAACAAUAUAAUAGUCCCCGAUACCACCGAGCAAACUCUCUCCGAUGAAGCUCUUGCGCGCAAGCUACAGGCUGAGUGGAAUGAACAGGAAAAUACAAGCACCCCUGUCGAAGAUACACAAGCAAACCUGGAGAUCAAUCCAGCUCCAUCUACAUUAGAUUCAGCCGUUUCGCCCCUGUUAGCACCGGUGAUGCCAAAGAAGAGCACUCUCUCACUACAGUCAUCAGCUGGCACAGAGGAUACAUUAUCCCUUGCUAUUCCUCUGGAUCAAAGCCCCCAGAUUUUUGACGCGAGUCAAUGUGCAGCGGAACUACGGUCGCAUUGGGCAGCCGAAGGCGGCGAUGCUUCUUAUGCUUUAUUAACAAGAGCCUUUGUCCUGGCGAAUGCGACGACCAGUCGCAUAAAGAUUGUCGAUACACUGGUCAACUUUCUUCGAGUCCUAAUUGAAGGCGACCCAUCGAGUAUCCUACCUGCUGUGUGGCUAGCAACCAAUUCCAUAUCGCCUCCAUACGAUGAACUAGAGCUUGGCCUCGGAGGUCUCAAGGCCCUUUAUGAUAAGCACGGAGAUGCAGGAGAUGUUGCAUUCGAAGCAAAAAAGCGACAAUCGUUCACUCUGGUGAAGCCGAAACCAUUAAGGAUCAAGGGAGUAUACCAGUCACUGAAGAAAAUUGCCACUAGCAAAGGACCUGGAAGUCAAGAAACCAAGCAGAGGAUCGUCGAGAAGCUUCUACAGGAUGCGCGCGGCGCCGAGGAGAGUCGAUACAUUGUCCGCACAUUGGUACAGAAUCUACGAAUUGGCGCAGUCAAGACGACGAUGCUGAUUGCGCUUGCACGAGCUGUCUUAUAUUCCAAGCCAGUCGGAGCAGACUUCGAGGUCCGCCCGCUGGAUCAACUUGCACGCCUAAAGAAGGAUGAGCUUACGGAAAUCUACAACAAUGCGGAAGAAAUCGUCAAAGCCUCAUACGCUAGACAUCCUAAUUACAAUGAUUUAGUGCCCUGCUUAUUAGAAAUCGGGCCCACAGCAGAGCUUUUGAUCAGAUGCGGCCUAUGCAUGCACAUUCCACUAAGGCCGAUGCUGGGCAGCAUCACACGCGAUCUGUCCGAGAUGUUGACGAAGCUCCAAGGCCGAGACUUCAGCUGCGAGUACAAGUACGACGGGCAACGUGCGCAGGUACACUGCGACGAACAAGGAAAAGUCUCUAUCUUCUCGCGCCAUCUCGAGCUCAUGACGGAGAAGUAUCCGGAUCUUGUCUCUCUGGUCCCGCAAAUACGGGGAGAAGGUGUGUCCAGCUUUAUCCUGGAGGGAGAAGUAGUUGCCGUGGACCGUGAGAGCGGCGAUCUGAAGCCAUUCCAGGUCUUGACCAAUCGAGCAAAGAAGAACGUCGAACUCGGAGACAUCAAAGUCAAUGUCUGUCUUUUCGCAUUCGACCUCAUGUAUCUCAACGGCGAGCCAUUACUAGAUCGCCCCUUUCGAGAACGCCGCGAACUACUCCGCAGUCUCUUUGUAGAGAUUCCAAACCACUUCGGCUGGGUAAAGAGCAUGGAUGCGACCUCAGCGGAUUCAGAGCCCGUCCUUGAGUUUUUCAAAUCUGCCAUCGACGUCAAGUGCGAGGGCAUCAUGGUCAAACUACUCGAUAACGAGCCCAGUAUAAACACACAAGCCAACAACCUUCCGAAGGAAACAAUUACCACUGAACAACCCAAAGAAAAAUCCACCCGACGCAAACCCCUCCUCUCAACCUACGAACCAGACAAACGCCUCGAAUCCUGGCUCAAAGUAAAAAAGGACUACAGCACAUCUUCCGAAACCCUCGACCUAAUCCCAAUAGCCGGAUGGCACGGUCAAGGCCGCAAAGCAAAAUGGUGGUCCCCGAUCCUUCUCGCAGUCCGCAACCCAGAAACCGGAUCCCUGGAAGCCGUAACGAAAUGCAUGUCCGGGUUUGCGGACAAAUUCUACCAAAGCAACAAAGAAAAAUACGCGCAGGGUAGCACGAACGUCAUCUCACGUCCCAGCUACGUCGAGUACCACGGCGAACCGGACGUGUGGUUUGAGCCGUGCGAGGUAUGGGAAAUGGCUUUUGCGGAUAUCACGCUGAGUCCUACGUACCCGGCUGCUAUUGGGUUGGUUAGUGACGAACGUGGAUUGAGUUUGCGUUUUCCGCGUUUUAUCAAGGUUCGCGAGGAUAAAUCUAUUGAUGAGGCCACGUCGUCGGAUUAUCUGGCGUUGUUGUGGCGGAAGCAGAUGGAGCGGAUUGGUGAUGUUGGGGUUGGGGAGGUUGAAGGGGUUGAUGAUGGUCUAGAUGGAGUGGAAUAG